AUGUACUCCGGGAACUGCAGCAAGAGCAGCGGCCUGGAGCCGACGCCGGGGGAGCAUCAGGACUUGGAGCAGCGGCAGGGGACGGCGGACACGGGGCCGCCCUUCAGCGCCAGCACCUACGAGCUGCUCGCCCUGCUGAUCGCCACCAUCGGCAUCCUGGGCUUGUGCAACAACCUGCUGGUGUUGGUGCUCUAUGCCAAGUUCAAGCGGCUCCGCACGCCCACGAACCUCUUCCUGGUCAACAUCAGCCUCAGCGACCUGCUCGUGUCGCUCUUCGGCGUCAGCUUCACGUUCCUCUCCUGCCUCCGGAACCGCUGGGUCUGGGACGCGGCCGGCUGCGUGUGGGACGGCUUCAGCAACAGCCUCUUCGGAAUUGUUUCGAUUAUGACGCUCACUGUCCUGGCCUAUGAACGUUACAUUAGAGUAGUGCAUGCGAGAGUGAUUGAUUUCUCGUGGUCUUGGCGGGCGAUCACAUACAUCUGGCUGUACUCGUUAGCCUGGACUGGAGCACCUCUUCUUGGCUGGAACCAUUACACACUAGAAAUACAUGGACUGGGUUGUUCAGUGGACUGGAGGUCAAAAGAGCCCAAUGAUUCUUCCUUCGUCCUCUUUUUCUUUCUUGGUUGUCUAGUGGUGCCAGUUGGGAUCAUGGCCUACUGCUAUGGGCAUAUUCUUUAUGCAAUACGAAUGCUUCGUUGUGUUGAAGACUUGCAGACUGUCCAAGUGGUCAGAAUCCUAAGAUACGAGAAGAAAGUGGCAAAAAUGUGUUUUUUAAUGAUAACCACAUUUCUCAUUUGCUGGAUGCCUUACGCUGUGGUCUCUCUUCUAAUAGCUUAUGGGUAUGGUCGUCUUAUAACACCAACUGUGGCUAUUGUUCCUUCCUUCUUUGCCAAAUCAAGCACUGCCUACAAUCCAGUCAUCUAUAUUUUCAUGAGCAGAAAGUUUCGCCGAUGCCUUGUGCAGCUCUUCUGUGUUCGCCUCCUGAGAUUCCAGAGGAGUUUGAAAGACAGACCAGCAGCAGGAAAUGAAAAGCCGAUCAGGCCCAUAGUUGCGUCUCAGAAGGCGAGAGACAGGCCGAAGAAGAAAGUGACUUUCAGCUCGUCCUCGAUUAUUUUCAUUAUUACCAGUGACGAAACUCAACAAAUAGAUGACAGUACCAAAUGCCCAAGCACAAAAAUCAAUGUGAUCCAAGUGAAGCCACUAUAGCAAGCAUUGGUCAGCAGCUGUCUCAGUUUGAGAGGAGUUCAGCUAACAAAACCCAUUUGGUUUAAAAACUUUUCUUUGUGGGGCACCCAGGCAAGCACCAUCUUUGAGGUAUGAAGUAUGGAAGUAAUUCAAGCUCAUUUACUUGGGAGUAUGUCCUACUGAACUUGAACGGGCUAACUCCUUAGUAGCAAUGUGUAAGAUUGCAGUCUUCGUGACUGAAAGCACCUUGGCACAUGAAUUGUGAUGACUGUAUUGAAACAACAGCUGAAAGAUGUGUUUCUUUUUUACUUAGAAUAUUUAUUUUUCCAUAUUGUGUCUUGAUUACUUAGCACUCAAUGCACUGUAGCCAUACCAGGGAAUUAAAAGAGCUUCUUAAGUAAGCGGUCAUUUCUUCCAGAGUCUCAGUAAUCAUUAUGCUUUUCAGCAUUUUCAACAUUUCAGCGUCUUAAUAGCUGC